CCCCAAACCAUCUGGCUGCUCCUUCUGAUCAUUCAUCCACCACCCGCCAUGGACUCCAUCCGGGAGGUCCCCGCCCGCUUGGCACGGCGGUGCACCAGCCUCUCCUCGUGGAAGCUGCCGAAGCCGACUUCGACGCUGGCGCCGGCACAUGUUUGGUCUAACGCGGACAUGGACCCAGUGCCCCCGGAGAAGCAAACAUGGGAUGCGUGGACAUGGAUGGGCUACUGGGCCUCGGACGCCAUCAAUAUCGGUACGUGGCAAGCAGCCUCGUCCAUUCUCGCCGUCGGCCUGUCGUGGCGCGACGCCAUCGCCGUCGUCUUUGUCGGCACCACGUGUAUUGCCGUGCCCAUGGUCCUGAACGGCGCCGUGGGUGCCCGCCUCCACGUGCCCUUCUCGGUUGCCGUCCGUGCCGGGUUUGGCUACUACCUCGCCUACUACUGCAUCGUCUCUCGUGCUGUCCUGGCCGCCUCCUGGCUGGGCAUCCAGAGCGUCAGCGGCAGCCAGUGUGUGACCAUCAUGCUCGCGGCCAUCUGGCCGUCCUACCGCGACAUUGCCAACACGCUGCCCACCAGUGCCGGCAUCGACACCAAGGGCAUGCUCUCGUAUUGCCUCUUCUGGCUGAUCCAGAUCCCCCUGCUUCUCGUGCCGCCACGCAAGCUCAAGUGGCUCUUUGUGGCCAAGAUGAUUGUCGCGCCCAUCACCGCUUUUGCCAUGCUCGGCUGGGAACGGCUUCUUCCGCGGAUCGCCCCUGGCUCUGGCGGUCGUGCUGCGGCCUUCUUCGCGGCGGCCGCCUGGUUCAUUGUGCAGGUCGGCUCCAAUGUCACAGCCAACUGCAUCUCGGCGGCCAACGACCUGACGGUGCUGAUGCCGCGGUACGUCAAUAUCCGGCGCGGCUGCAUCAUCACGGCCGUCGCUGGCGGCUGGGUGUUUGUGCCGUGGAAGAUCCUCGCGUCCGCCGGCAGCUUCCUGUCGUUCAUGGGCGGCUACGCAGUGUUCCUGGGCCCGAUCGCCGGCGUGCUCGUGUCUGACUACUGGCUCGUGCGGCGGCAAAAGGUCGACGUGCCCGGCAUGUAUGAUCCGGACGGGCGCUACCGGUACUGGUACGGCAUCAACUGGCGCGCCCUCGUGACUUUGUUGGCCUGCUCGGUGCCAAAUCUGCCUGGCCUCGCGGCAAGCAUCAGCCCGGCUUCGGUCAGCAUCAGCGAGGGCGCCCAGAAUCUGUACAGCUUCAACUGGAUGUUUGGGUUCACGGCGGCAGUCUUCGCGUAUUGGGGCAUGUCUCUGGUCUUUCCUCCUUGGGAGACGUUUGUUGGAGCGCCCAUUCUCGGUGUGGCUGAGGCGGCGGAAGCGGGCGAGAGGGAUUCUGAGGCAGGGGUGACGGAGGCCAAAGGGGAUGUUGCGAUGGGCAAACUCGCGGAAGGGCCAGCGGAAAAGACGAGGGCGGCGGAUGAGGUCUAG